CGGCUGCCUAAUUCAUUGAAGGAGCUGUUUCUAUUUGUUUCUCUUUUGCAGGAAAGCGCUUUGCCACUGAUCAGAGUCGCCACGUGGGGUCAUGAGCGUGCCAGACUACCAGCAGUGUGCGGAGGACCAUCAGACAGUGCUAGUGGUGGUGCAGCCACUGGGCGUGGUCCCCGAGGACCAGUUCUUCCGCAUCUACCGGCGCGUGGCCAGCGUGAGCCAGGUAAGCGUGCGCGGCGACGGCCAGCGCACCCUUUACAUCCGCUACCGCCACCACUACCCGCCCGAGAACAACGAGUGGGGCGACUUCCAGACGCACCGCAAAGCGGUGGGCCUGGUGGCGGUGGCGUGCUGCGGCUCCGCCCGUGAGUGGGCGCACACGUCCGAGCGCUUCCACGGCCUGAAGGAGCGCUUCGCCGCCACGCUCUACGACUCGCGCCUGCUGGUCUUCGGCCUGUCCGGCGAGAUCGCCGAGCAGCAGCGCACGGACGUGGCCUUCUACCCCACCUUCGACGACUGCGCUGACGUGGAGAAGAGGGUGGAGGACUUCGUGGAGUCCAUCUUCAUCGUGCUGGAGUCCAAGCGGCUGGACCGGGCCACGGACAAGGCUGGAGACAAGAUUCCACUGCUGUGUGUGCCCUUCGAGAAGAAGGACUUUGUCGGGCUGGACACUGACAGCAGGCACUACAAGAAGCGUUGCCAAGGCCGCACGAGGAAGCACGUGGGUGACCUGUGCUUGCAGGCAGGCAUGUUGCAGGAUGCCCUGGUCCACUACCACAUGGCCGUGGAACUGCUCCGCUCCGUCAACGACUUCCUGUGGCUGGGGGCUGCACUGGAGGGUCUGUGCUCAGCCUCGGUUAUAUUUCAUUACCCAGGAGGCACAGCGGGAAAGAGUAAUACACGUAAACCCAGCAUCUCCACGGCAACCGACUCAGGCAAGAGACACCGACCAGGGGCUCAGGAGGUUCUCAUUGACCCAGGCGCCCUGAACAGCAGUGGUAUCAGUGCAGACACCAGCACUGAGAUCGGACGGACCAAAAACUGCCUGAGCCCUGAUGACAUCAUGGAGAAGUACAAAGAGGCCAUCUCUUAUUACGGAAAGUAUAAGAAUGCUGGGGUGAUUGAGUUGGAGACAUGUGUUAAGGCAGUGCGAGUUUUGGCUAUUCAGAAGAGAGCCAUGGAGGCCUCUGAGUUUCUGCAAAACGCUGUCUACAUCAACCUGGGACAGCUCUCCGAGGAGGAGAAGAUCCAGCGCUACAGCGUGCUGUCAGAGCUGUAUGAGCUCAUCGGCUUCCAUCGCAAGUCGGCCUUCUUCAAGCGAGUGGCAGCCAUGCAGUGUGUGGCCCCCACCAUCCCCGAGCCGGGAUGGACCGCCUGCUACCGCCUGCUGCUGGAGACGCUGCCCGGCUACAGCCUCUCCCUUGACCCCAAGGACUUCAGCAAAGGUACACACCGUGGCUGGGCAGCUGUACAGAUGCGGUUGCUGCAUGAGCUUGUGUAUGCGUCUCGGCGCAUGGGCAACCCAGGCCUCUCGGUGCGCCAUCUCUCCUUCCUGCUGCAGACCAUGCUGGACUUCCUUUCAGACCAAGAGAAGAAGGAGGUGACUCAGAGCCUGGAGAACUACACCUCCAAGUGCCCCGGGGGCAUGAGCAUCAUCACGCUGCCUGAUGGCCUCCAAUUGCCCCCCGUGCCCUUCACCAAACUGCCCAUUGUCAGGUCUGUGUCUCUCCUGAACCUGCCUGCUAGCCUCCGGCCCCAUAAGGUGAAGGGUCUCACGGGUCAGGGCGUGACCUCUGCCAGCCCCUUCAUCUACUCUCCCAUAAGCAUGCACAGAGGAGACGACCGCAGCACGAAGAUCGAUUUCCAGUGGGUACAGGGAGAUGUGUGUGAGGUUCAGCUGAUGGUGUAUAACCCCAUGCCAUUUGAACUGCGCGUAGAAAACAUGGGUCUGCUGACGUCCGGAGUGGAGUUUGAGUCUCUCCCUGCUGCUCUCUCUCUACCUGCUGAGUCUGGUCUCUACCCUGUUACUCUGGUGGGCGUCCCACGCACUGCAGGCAACAUCACAGUCAACGGGUACCAGACAUCUGUGUUUGGCGUGAGCAGCGACUGUCUGUUGGACAGCCUGGUCGGGGUGAAGUCCAGCGGCUGCAUGGUGGAAGUAGUGCCCUCUCUCCCCAGACUCCAGCUGAGCACCUCCCUACCACGGGCUGCACAGAUGUGUGGUGAGGAUCUUUCCAGCGGUGUGUGCCUGCAGCUCUUUAAUGGAGAAACCCAACAACUCACCAUCACGCUGGAGAACAUAGGCUCUGAGGACCUGCACACGCUGGAGGUCUCCUCAAAAACACUCACCACCAAAGAGAAGUUAUUUGGAGAGUUUCUGAGCUGGGACAUGCAUGACGCGCUGUCCCGUCUCCCCCUGAAAGCAGGCCAGGCCCUCGCCCUCACCGUUAACAUCAGCGCCAAACUGGAUUUCUCUGGCCAGGAAAGCCUGCUUCAGGACCUCAAUGAUGAUGGUAUCAGUGUGACCGGCUUGCCCAUCUCCAGCCCUUUGAGGCAGGUGCUGAAACCCCGCCCUGAAAAUAAACAAGUAAACAAACAAGCAAACACCGACUCCAACAAGAGCGACUACAACCAUGUGAAGACUUUGGAGGCAGUGUUGAGCUUUAGAUACAGUGGAGGUCCAGGCCGGGUGGAUGGUUACUACAGAGAGCUCAGUCUGGGGGUGAGGGUGGAUGUGGAGCCCUCUGUGUUCUUCACACGAAUCAGCACGUUACCUGCUACCAGUACACGUCAGUGCCACUUGCUUCUGGAUGUGUUUAACCCCACGGAGCAUGAGCUCACUCUCUCAGCCAAGAACCAGGAGCUUGUCCUGCACUCGAGCGAAUGCCAGAGAAUGGCCAUCCAGGUGGACAGGUUUGACUUUGAGAGCCUGUCUGUGCCGUCCCAUGAUGCCGUGCGGCAGGGCAGCGCGUAUGAGCAGGAGGAAGAGCGGCAGCAGUUGCAGGGCGGCCUCAUCAGCAGAACAUUGGACCUGCGCUGGACUAUCCCCUCUCUGAGGCGUCAGGGUGAGGCCAGCGUAGAGGGUGUGCUCACUCAGCUGGUCCUGGAACACCUGCAGCUUGCACCUCUACAGUGGGAUGUUCUGGUAAAUGGCCACGCAUGCGACUGUGACGUGGUUGCCGACUGCAGGGUCGGUGACGCCGUGGCAUUGGAGGUUAAGCUGACCAAUCGCAGCAAGGGUUCUGUUGGCCCUUUCUCUCUGACCGUGGUGCCCUUCCAGGACUACCAGAACGGAGUCCAGAACUAUGAGCUCCAGGACGCAGUCACCUUCAUUGGUUCCAACACCUUCUAUAUCGACUCGGUGAGCCCAGCAGGGAAGUCUGUCUGUGUUGGGGCUUUGCUCUUCCUCUACACGGGCGAUUUCUACCUGAGCAUCAAGUUCCAGGGCGACAGCGCAGGACAGCAGGAUCUCCCGGCCGCGUGCUUCAGCCUGCCCAGCAUUCAUGUCCGAGCCCAGGACCCCAUCGAAGCGGCUGCCUGAACCUUGGCUGGGCUAAGCCCACUCAGGACUGACUGAGACUUGCUUUAUGAGGAUGAGAUCUAACUUUCUGCGAUUCUGGGUUGUCUCUCCAGAUGUCCUGUAACAUAAAAUCCAUGUAUUGUAUUUGAUUGAAAAGUUUGACAGUCAGGAAUUUUUAAGUAGCAUUCUGCAUCAGCUAUAAAGAAAUGUCAACAGAGUGGGAUUUUCCUUUGAAACUUAAAAUAUUAAGAAGCAAGAGUAGUGCUUACCUGAAAGGCCGAGGGAUGGGGAUCGGGGUGAAGGGUAUGCUCACUGAAAGUCAGAGGUCCCAUCUCAAUUGGGGCCAGCUGCAGCUCUUAGCAUCUACACCAUAUAGCACACAUAGUUUAGAUACAAGACCCAGAGCUUCUCCAUUAGAGGUUUCCACUCAGUGGAGUGCACAGUGAUGUCAGUGUUACGGAAGAGCUUUUGGUAGGCAUGUAAAUAUGAAAUCUGCAUUGCGAUAUGUUUGUGUGUUAAUCUCAUUAGGACUGAGGGGUUUGUUGUGAAGUCAUGGGUCUCCCUGUUCCUUCUUUUGAACUUUGUUGAUGGUGUAUCAUAUAUAUUUGACUGAUGGGUGUUAUUGUAAAUCAUGAAUUAUAAAUCACAAAUAUAUCACAAAGAAUCUUUCCAAGG